CAAGAUCAUCUCCUGCUCUGCUGUGCUCUGCAUGUAGUGCAAGACAUUCCCCACCACUCCCACUAUUCCAAGCAACCUUUAAAAACACACACACACCAGGCAGUCACACAGACAGCAGAACUGGUUCUUCCUCUCACACUCACACACUGACAGUUAAUAGAUUGAGCAAACGGCUGGAACGGAGAAACAACAACAAGCACCUGACAGACAGCUGGUAUAGCAGCGCUCCCUCCGCUAGAGAAAGACAAAUUAAACAGACACACCAUUGCUCCUAUAAAAGAAAUCAGAUCAUAAUUCUAAUUAAUUACUGAGGAGGACCUACAUAAAGAGCAACAUUUUCUAUUGUGGAACAUAUUCCAACUGGACCCUCGUUCAAUUCCUGUCCUGCACCCUUGCUGGGCUGGUGACAUCCUUGAAGGAUCUAAAUAACCCAUUCAUAUACACUCCUCACACGUUCUCUCUUGGUGACUGCCUCUUGCGCUCUGUGCCAUGGUGCUGAGUGAAGAUCACGAGUGUGGCGUGUGCUAUGAGCGCUACUCCCGGAGCAAGCAUGUUCCCAGAGUGCUCUUCUGCAGCCACACGUUUUGUAGCCCUUGCCUGGAGACCAUGGCCUCACAGCGGGGAGGCAUGCUGAGCGUCAGGUGCCCGUUGUGCCGCCAAGUGUCUUGUGUGCGACCUGGUCUCACGCUGGAAGCGGCACUGUGGGUCAACAGCCGCCUGUGGGACCGCAUACCAGAGGAUCAAGAACUGGAAGUAAAAGAGGAGGAUUUUGAAGAAGAGAAGAGAAGUAGCGGUGUCACAAAGGCAGAAUCUCCUUUGCAUCCUCAUUGGUUGAGGCUAUCACCACAGCAUGACCGACUCAGACUACGACUCCCAGGGUUUCUGAGGAGAAUGAUUGUCCCCAGGCAGUCGCAACAAAGAAUUGUCCCUGGAUGCAAUGUGCAAAUAAAAUCGUGGCGAAGACUGUCAGGGGAGGAAAUGCCUUGAACUAGGUUAUGCCAGACUGACUUCACCACUCUGCAUGAUGAACUCUCACACUUGCCUUGCCAUUGUCAUUGAAGACAUCGUGCUACAGGCAUAGUCAGUAGUCCUGGAAUACGAAAGGAUCAGGAGCCUCAGCUUGUGACACUGAGCAGGCGUGAAAAAGCGUACCAUUCUCCUGUGUUUCUUGAACUGCGAUUUCUGCAUGAAGGGUUUGACCAGUCUACCUGCGGGGACCUUCUCAUUAUCCAUUCCAUCUAUAAUCUUCUACAUCUGCCUCGACGGGAUCUGUUUCAGCUGUUCCAACACAGACAGGGGAAAAGUAGAAAAAGAGUGAAAGUCCCAGAUUGCAAUAUGAGGUGAACAGAUGGCCUCCUGAGACAGACCCCUUUCCCGACUCAAACUAAAACCCCAACAACUUCACACAAACCCUUUAAUUUAUUAUUAUUGUUACUACUUGUUAUUUCUAAAUUAUUUUCAAUUUAAUAUUCUUUUCACUGGACAUGUCAGUGUCUAUCUUGUGCUUCUCCUGGCUUUCUGGAGCUGCUUCAACUGUGUUUGUAGAGGUUGAAUAGUUUAUAUUUGCCCUACUGCUGUCUGUUUGGUUAGCUUAAAUUAAUGAUGGAGUGCUUAUGCCAUCUGUGAGGCUUUCUUGGGCCAAACCAGCCCUCCAGAGAUGCUGUAUAAUGCCAAUGAAAUGGAAAGUGUUCAGCCAAACUCAUAGAGCUUCAGAUCCAUGGGCACUUGACUUGCAGUUAAGAUUUAAUUUAUGCCUCGCUGCGCUCUUUUGGCAUUGCACAUGGUCUCAACAGAAUCGCACAAAGCAAAUGUCACAGGCCUCUUAUCCGAGAGAGUCUGCUUUCAUUUUCACCAGGCUGGCAAACACAGCAAACAUCAGCAUAUGUUGUCUAUCAAGACUUCACACUUGGUUUAUAUAUAUGUCAUGGUUGAACAAUUUCCUGUUCCUAGUCACCUAGGUGUAUUAAAAUUUUUUUCAAUAUCAAUGGGAAUAUACUUCAAAUAUAUUUUUCUCAUAUCAAUUUAUAGGGGUGCCAUUAAUUGUGGCACAUCUAUAUUUAACAAAGAGGGUUGUUUUGUUUUUUUUGUUUUUUUUAAUAAACCUGUGUUGUAUCGCCAA